AUACGCGUAUGUGUAUACAUUUUUUUUACGUAGAUGUAAUAUUAUAUACGACGACGACGACGGACGGCCGUGUCGUGCGGUCAUUGUAUAAUAUUAUUAAAUUGCAUUUACUGCGGUUGUCGCGCCGUCUCGUUUUCCGUUUUUCUCUGCCACAUUAAAAUCGUUAUUUUUAAAUUGGACAUUACACGCGAAUUAAUAGCGUACGCCACAAUUGAUAUAAGGCUGCCUUUGCCGUGUCUACGGCUGUUUCUACUGCUCCCGUACCGUAGUUGUCCGUCCGAACCAUAUAGCACCGCAGUAGCGCUAAAUACUGUACGGACCGAGUGUUCUACGCGCGCGAGUGUGUAAAUUGUAUACUUUGGUCGCGACGGUAAUAAUCAUCAAGACGUGGCCGCGUCAUCUCGCGUCUUUACGAGUUUUUAUUUUUUUAUGCCAUUCGAAAUCGCCGCAGUUCAUUUCGUUGGGUCUCGUUGUCUACCUAUACAAAACCCACAAUACAACAAUAACAUACGCAUAUCUAUAAUAUUAUAAUAUUAUAUUGUAGCGAAUAGCGAAUUAUCGGUUUAUUCGUGUGAAAAGUUUGCGAGCGGCGGCAGCGGCGGCGGCGGCGGUGCAUCGCCGAAAGGUGUAACACAGCGCGAUAUAUAACGCAUAUAUAUAUAGAUCGCGUGCACCACUGCGGCCUGCAUUCUCGAUUGGUGCUAUGUGUACGGCAAUACGCAUGGACUGCUCGGAUCGGGUCGGACGGUUAAGACGGCAUUGGCUGCAGCACGUGGUGUCUUCCGGAUCGAUAGUUACGGCGGUGAUAAAAAUGCGCCAGCACCAGCAACACCACCCGAUGCAUCAGUCGUUAUCGUGCAGUUGCUGAUAACAACGGAAAAAGUAAUUAUUGCAUCCGAUUCCGUUUUUCGCCCUACAGAUUGCUGUCAAAGAAUCAAAACUCAGUGGUAGCCACCCACUAUCACUCUCAAUCAAUGAUUGAUCGUUAGUAGCAAAAAAAACAUACACACACAAAACAGCAACAUUUUUGCGGCCGCUGCGAUAUUAUGCUAUAUACCUGCAGACGGGUGCAGUGGCGACGGCGGCCUACUACGGUAGUGGCGGCUGUGUUGUUGGCGCUCGCGGUAUUAACACCACGGAUAUCGACAGCACAGAAGCUAUUACAAGCACCAAUGAAAGGCGGAUUAUCUCCUCCAGCUUCAACACUUACCCAAAAUAAUAUCAAUUAUUUCGCCGUGAACGAAGCUAAUUCGCCGUUGGCCAUUUUGGAUUUGCUUGAAGCUACUAUGCAAAUAUACCACAAUUAUCAACAUCAUUAUAGCGGUAGUAAUAAAAGUGAUACUACUAGUUUUACAUUGGGAGUCCUACUUGUGACUGUAUCAGAAGAUGAAUUUUCUAACCCUUAUGUUUUCCCUCCUAACCGGUUAAGACCAGCAUAUAGUAUGCAAGGUGCAUUGAGACAGUUAAAAGUUCCUGACAUUGUUUACAAACGUGCAAUUCAAUUGUUACGAGGUGCGGACGAAUUGACUAUAGCGGCAGUAAUACGGCAAGAACGUGCAAAUACUGGAUCUAUAGUAUCAUUUUCUCUCGACUCCAACAGAUACUUGGAAUUAGAAUCAAGCGGACGUAAAGACGAGGUGAGAUUACACUAUGUUUCUCAAAGUAGCCGUCGUGUUCAUACCGAAGUGUUUGCAUAUGCCCUGGCUGAUGGCCAUUGGCAUGCUGUGGCCGUAACACUGAGCGGUACUCAAGCACGCCUGUUCAUAGAUUGCCGGCUCGUAUACACGCGUACUUUGGCCGCCGGACCAGCUGACACUAGUUUCCUAGGAUCGCCAGAUCUGUACGUAGGCCAACGCAACAGAGGAGUACAUUCAAUUUUCAAGGGAAUUUUACAAGACGUCCGGUUGAUUAGAGGAGCAGAUGGACAACGUGUGCAGUGCCCUAAUCUGGAUACAUCAUGUCCAACGUGCGGUCAAUUCAUCGCCAUGCAAAAAACAAUGGAAAAUUUGAAUAAAAUUGUACAUUUGUUGAGUGACAAACUUGAAGCGGCCGAAACGAGGAUCGCCGAAUUGGAAACUUGUGAAUGUCGAAAACCAUGCGUACAGUACGAUGAACGAAGUAAUAAUACAGUAAUGAAAGUCGACGGAUCAGUGUGGCAACAUGAAUGCGAAACGUGUACAUGUGUGCGUGGUCAAGUAGAAUGUUCACCGGUUAGAUGUCCCAAUGUUAAUUGCAAAUUUCCAAUACGAAAUUCUGGUGAAUGUUGCGACACUUGUCAAAAAUCAUGCCGAACCAAAGGUAAUAUUCUAUUCGAACAUGGUGAAACUGUCAAUUUGGAACCAUGCUUGACCUGCAUUUGUCUCAAUGGAGUUGUUAAGUGUGACAAAGUAGACGCACAAACUCAAUGUCCAGUCUUAGAAUGUGAUAUAUCUGAACAAUUUUCCGUACCUGAUCAAUGUUGCAAAUUUUGUCCAGGCGUCGAUUAUUGUGCACGAGGUGGACGUGACUCGUGUGAUCCGAAUGCUAUUUGUAUCAAUCUAAAAACCACACACAAAUGUGCGUGUGCUGUUGGGUACGCCGGUACCGGUUUACAGUGUGAUGAUGUGGACGAAUGCUCGAGUGUCGGUGGUCAAAACGGACACCAUUGCGACGUGAACACGACGAUUUGCGUAAACACACCUGGAUCGUAUUCAUGCAAGUGUAACGCCGGAUAUGCACAUCUCAAUAGGUUCGAAUGUGUGGACAUCGAUGAGUGCAGCAGUGCAGAACCACCGUGUCACGUACAUGCUAUUUGUACCAACUCUCCGGGCAGUUACAGCUGCAAGUGCGCGGACGGUUACGAAGGGGAUGGAUACACUUGCAGACCUGUGUGCCAGCAAAAGUGCUUAAACGGCGGCGUAUGCACACGGCCGGACGUGUGCUCGUGCCCAAACGCGUUUGAAGGGCCUGCUUGCGAGUUGGACGUAGAUGAGUGUACCACUGGGGCUCAUGGAUGUCUAGGCCCUUCAUCCCGUUGUGUCAAUAUGGCUGGGUGGUAUUACUGUGCAUGUAGCCCGGGCUAUCAAAACGUGGUUAUGUAUCCUAAUUCGGCCGACAUCGCUACCACGGCUACUAGUGAUUUAAACGCCAUGGAAUCGACCUGGUCGUCUUCGUUAGGCACAAUGUGCCAAGACAUCGACGAAUGCGCGAUUAAUAACCAUACUUGUCAUUCAACGGCUACAUGCGUGAAUACCAUAGGUUCUUAUGAAUGCAAAUGCCCAACAACCAACACCAAUGUCGGUUUAUCUUCGGAAUGUAAAUCAAGCUGUUUGUAUAAGGACGGCAGUAAUGCGGUGACAGAAGUGAAUGACGGCGCCUGGUUUAUACCAAAAGAAUGCACUAACUGCACGUGCUCAAGUGGACGUUUACAUUGCGCACGAAUUGAGUGCGAUUGCACAAAUAACGAUCAUGUACAAUCGAUUUGUUGCGCCCAUUGUAACGCACAAGCGUCAUGUGUUCAUCAGGAAUUGACAAAUGUAAGGUUCCGGAGUGGCCAACAAUGGAUAUACCAAUGUCAGACGUGCGAGUGUUUAAUGGGACAAGUAGAUUGCUGGCCAAUGCAGUGUCCACCGAUGUUGCCCGCGGGCGCGGGCAGCUGUAGAGACUCCGCGACAGCAACGUUUGCUGAUUAUAACAACCCAGUAGCCGAUUGCUGCGCACCGAGAUGCGAUUCCAAACCCACUUUGUCGGAUUCAUCGGCAGCGACGACCAUGACUGCAAUAACCGCUGCUGAUCCAUGUCUUCACCAGCAGCAGCAACAGCUACAGCAACUAGACUGGCACCGCGGUGGUGAAGUAAACGAUGACGACGACAACGAAAACGGCGGCGAAUAUCACUAUCACAGAGAUAAGAGCAACAAUAACAGCAAAAACAACGACGACAACAGAAAUAACAACAAUAACACUACACCGCCGUCCGCGGGCCAACCGUGUUUUUACGGUGAACGAGCCUAUCAGUCUGGAGCCCGUUGGGAUGAUCCGGUGGAUAUGUGCACAACGUGCGAUUGUAAGGUGCCGCCGUACUGCGCCCAAUCGGUGAGCAAUAUCGCGUGUUGUGUGCAUCGGACGGAGUACUAUGUUGUUCUUACAACGUGCAUCACUGCAAUAAUAGUGCUCUUGCCAGUGCAUCAAAUCAAUCAUCAAGUACAGACGUCAACUAUAAUGUGUCUACUUAUCAGCCUCGUCAUAUUUCUAACGAAAACAUCAGUGGUCAAUCUACCGAUACGAAAUUACGGCAAGAUGUUACUAAACGGAGUCUUAGGCGUCGAAGACAAGCAAAAGUGGUUAACAAUGAUGACAAUAAUAAUAGGGAUUCUGUCGAUAUUACUUCUCAUGAAUAUAGUAAUAAUAACAAUAAUAGCUUUAACAAAAAAGACUGGUGGUGGAGGAAAACUAGACGACGAAAAAGAAGAAGGACUCAAGAUACGAGUAGCCGUCAGAACCAAAUUACUAGUAUUAGUAGUGAAAAAAAUUUUAACAGUAAUAAUAAGUUUAUCAAUAAUUUUGACAUUAAUAGUAAAAAUGAAGACAAUAAUAUUAAUAAUAAUAACGAUAACCAUCACGAUAAAAUUGUUGUAAAGACUGUUGUUGUUACUUAAAGUAGAUUUUAUUUAUUGUGUUUGAUGAGUGAUGACGAGUCGAGAGAAAAGAUAACUUCAAGCAACACCGGCGGCGACAAUAUAAAAUUUAAUUUAAAUAACACAAUUUAAGUAUUUAUUAAGAAUAGAAACCAAAUUUACUAAACAUAGGUAACAUAAAAUAGGUAGAUGACAUUAAUAUGUUACCUACUUUCUUGAUUUUAAUUUAAAAAUCAGUUUUAUACUCGUUAAAAAUCGUUGCCACCGCUGUUUGCUAUUUCCGCUGUGAUAAUAUAUAAUACAAAUAAUUUUAAUGCUAUUAGUAUAAUAUGUAUAGUGUAUACAAUAUACAAUGUACAUAUAUUAUCAUAUAAUACAUGUGUAUGUAAUAUGUAUGUAUAUAUAAAAUACAUUAUAGAUAAACAGCCUAUAUCUACCCUCCCCUCCUCUCCGCUAUCUAUUUGUUAUAUUUUGUAAUUUUAAAAAUGUACUAUUAUAAUUAUUAGAUAAGUUUUAUUAUUAUUAUUUAUUUAUUUAUUUAUUUUAUUAUUAUUAUUAUUAUUUUUUUUUUUUGAUUGAAUUACUAAUAAAUUAGAUAAUCAGCUGUGCAGGGUGUAUUCAACAAACGAUAAUAAUAUUAGGUAUAUAAUAAUUAUUAUAAAUCUAUAUAAUCUUGCAAAUUGUUGAAGUGUUGGCUUUGUUGGUAUUAAGAAAUAUACUACUAUUAUUAGAAAUGUAUUAUGUUAUGAAUAAUGUUCAUUUUGAACUAAAAUACAAGACUGCUGGUCAACAAAUUUAAAAUAUAGAUGCGUUUAAAAUAUAAAUAAAUAUAAUAUAUACAAUAAUAAUAAGUGUGUGUAUUAUAAUUAAUAUACCAACACCGCCGCACUAACGAAUGCUCUUUUCCUAUAAAUUUAAUUGGCAGCAGACAAUAAACAAACGAUGAUAAUAAUAAUAAUUAUAUAUAUAUUAUAAAGUUAAUAACCAUGUCUAUGUAUAUAUAUACAUUACUAUUAAUAUUAUAGAAUAAUUUUUCAUUGUUAAAUUAGUUAUAUUAUUGUUUUGUUGUAACUCAUAAGUUAUGACAUGGAUUUGCUCUCUUUCUUUCUGUCUUGUUAAAAAGUGUUGUAAUUAAUUAAAACAUUUUGCAAAUCAAAUAUAACGAUACUGAUUUUUAAAAUAAGAUAAAAUAAUCAGUGCUCGGAAAAGACACAUAUUCACUCCGAAACGCUGUUUUAGCGAAUCAUAAUAAUAUUAUAUUUGAAUGUUUUUUUUUAUGAAUGUAUGAAAUACUAUCAAUUUUUAUUCUAUAAACUGAAAAUGAAAUUAUUUUACCAUAAUGAAUA